UCCCGCCUUCCACUAGCAAUAGGGCUUCCGGGCAAGAGGUAAGUGGGAUAAUGGAAAAUGGUAGCAAAGACCCAGCUCCGGAAGGAAGUGACGUCAGAGAGCGCGCGCCCCUUCGGCUCGCCAAAUAGCUUUCUGAUUCGUCGGCUGCAAAUUAACCCCGCCUCUGGAGUGCGUCCAGGAGUUUGAGACAUGGAGGCGAGAGUCGGGCUGGGCUCUGCUCACUAGUACGGGACCUCUUGCUGUCGACUUCUGUUUGGGGUCAAGAUACGGGUCCUAGUAUGUGAAGUGUGUUCGCUUCCCAAGAAUGAAGGGAGAGGGAAAUCUGGACUCUGAAAGGCCGGAAAACGAGUUGUGGUUGUGCCACUUAUUGGCAAGUGACCGUGGGCAAGUCGCUUUGCGUCUUUAAACCUCGUUUUUCCUCAUUUUCCUCAUUUUUCCUACGAGGGUUGAUGUCUCUGAGCGCUGUGAAAUGUGGGAAGAGGCCAGGGGAAAGUUGCUGCAGGUGCUGUUAGGCCCCACCGUGGUGAGCUGAGGACUAUUUUAAGAAGUCCACGGUGUUACUGAAUUUCCCUGAAACAUUUUGUGUUUAAAUUCAGAAAUUUUUCUAGAGAUACACAGAGGAUAGCAACGGCAUAUUUCUCGCUUUUUUGUUUGUUAUAAAUCCUCCGCCUUUCCCCAUCAUGGCCCAGGCCUCUGCCUAAGGGACCUCACAGCUGAACCGAGUCGUUAUUGCAAAUCUGGCCCUCGCGUUUUAAAAAAGGAUAUUCCUUCUUUACCACCGUUAGGUCAUUUAAUUCCGUUCUGCCGUUAUUUCGACAUUCCUUUGGAUGUUUCUGGAAAGGAGGCUGUGUUAUAAAUUAUUAAGACUUUAGCCCAAUCCAUAAAGUCAUGAUUUUUUUUUUUUUUUAACUUUCGGCCAGUCACACUCAUAAUGUGUAAUCUCCCUGCCGGAAGUUGUGCUGAGAAGUGUAAAUACAAGGAUAAUAGAGAUACAAUUUUUUAAAUCUAUCUAUCCCACACAAAAUUGCCUUAGUCAUCUUUAUCCAUAGUUUCAUAAAACCACCAGAUAAUCUAUAUCUAACCAAACGAACUAUUUAAAAAAAUUCAGUGCUCAAGUAAACUAAAUUUGGCACAAUUAUUUCUGUAAUUGCUACAAAGUUGGUUGAACCUGGUAAAUGAAUUAAAAUGUGCAGUGAAUAGCACUGCAUGUGAGGGACGAAUGCAAACUCUGCCAUGGUGUUUAUAUUUUACUUAACAGGUUAAUCUGAACAAACUAGUGCAUAGUUAAAUGCUUACUGUAUGUUACAGGCAGUAGGAGUUGGUAUAUGUCUUUGUAAAGUGUGUUGAAAGCAAUAAUGAAAGGAUCUCAAUCUAGCAUCAUUUGAUGCUUGAUCAUUGCAUCAUUGCCUGCAAUGUAUCUAGCUUAUUCAAAGCUUUAAAAAAUUUUCUUUUACUACAUUCCUUUUUCUUAAUUGGAAAUAACUUUUAAAAUAGCAGUGAUAAUGAUAUUGACAAGUUCAUGACCUUUGUAUUUGAUAGGCUUUUAAAAAAUAUUAGUAUGCAAUGAUAAGCAAAUUAAAUUUAACUUGGACUUCUUGGGAAAGGCGAAAGCUCCCCCUGGUGUGCAUGAGUUGUAAAAUUUUACUGUACUUUGUUAUAUUAAAAUUUUCAGUCUAGAGCCAAUCAACACUUGCUCUUUUGACCAUCGUAGGAAACUAGUGAAAACCGAUGCCACUGAUGAUAGAAAUAUUCUCUCCUACAAUAUUAAUCAAUUUCAUGAAGAAAGCAAUUUGUUUCCUCUGAUUUUUAAUUGUGCCUUAAAGUCUGCACGUUUGGCUUGUGUUCCUCCAUGCCAAGUCGCUUCAGUUGUGUUCGACAGUUUGCGACCCUGUGGACUGUAGCCCAGUUUUCUCUGUGUGAGGAUUCUCCAGGCAAGGCUACUGGAGUAGGUUGCCAUGCACUCGUCCAGGGAAUCUUCCUGACCAGGGAUGGAACCCAAGAGGCAUCAAAUAAUGUCAUCUGAAAUGUUGCCAGCAUUUAGUGAGACUUGUAAUGUUGAAAGACAGAAAAACUUAAGUGAAGAUGGAGAGCAAAAUCAGAAGCCCGGAUCAAGUGAAAGGUUUCAACCAAUAUCUAAGCGGCAAAUGAAGAAGCUAAUGAAACAGAAACAAUGGGAAGAACAACGAGAACUCCGCAAACAAAAGCGGAAGGAAAAACGCAAGAGAAAGCAAUUAGAGCGACAGUGUCAACCUGAGUCAAAUUCAGAUGGAAGUGACAGAAAACGUAUUCGAAGAGAUGUUGUUCACAGCCCACUCCGCCUUAUCAUUGACUGCAGUUUUGACAGCUUGAUGGUAUUAAAGGACAUUAAGAAACUUCAUAAGCAGAUUCAACGAUGUUAUGCAGAAAAUCGACGAGCACUGCAUCCUGUGCAGUUUUAUUUGACAAGCCAUGGAGGCCAGCUGAAAAAGAAUAUGGAUGAAAAUGACAAAGGAUGGGUCAACUGGAAGGAUAUCCAUAUCAAACCAGAGCACUAUAGUGAAUUCAUACAGAAAGAAGACCUGAUUUAUCUUACAUCAGAUUCACCUAAUGUAUUAAAGGAAUUAGAUGAAUCAAAGGCCUAUGUGAUUGGAGGAUUAGUAGAUCACAACCAUCACAAGGGACUCACGUAUAAACAAGCAUCAGAUCAUGGAAUUGAUCAUGCACAGCUUCCCCUUGGGAAUUUUGUGAAGAUGAAUAGUAGAAAAGUUUUGGCAGUUAAUCAUGUGUUUGAGAUUAUUUUGGAAUACCUGGAGACAAGAGACUGGCAAGAAGCAUUUUUCACUAUUUUACCCCAAAGGAAAGGAGCUGUUCCCACAGACCAAGCCUGUGAAAGUUGUUCACAUGACAAGAAAUUCGCCAGAGUUGAAGGUGGAUUAAACAGUGAUUCCAGUGAGGAGGAAAAUAGGCAUGAACUAGAUUCAACACAUGAGGAAGAAAAGCAGGAUAAAGAAAAUAGCACUGAAUCUACAGUGAACUCUGUACCACACUAAUACACCUUUUUUUUUUUUUUUUCUCCUUAAGUUUAAGGAAAAAUCAGGAGAAAGUGAGGUGUUUCACAGAAUAUUUGAAUUGGAAAGAAAUUUCAUUUUCUUUUAUUUCGGUUGUGAAUUUUUUUUAACUUUUUGAAUUACGUGAUAAAAAGUACUCAUAAGAAAGCAUUUUUUUGUUUUUGCAUAAGAGUUAAAUAUGUAAAAUAAAAAAUUUUCUAAGCCUCAAGCAUUACUUGAGAAGAUUACCCUAUUAGUAAAUCUAUAUUCUUUUAUUUACAAGAUUGUGUUCUUCAGAAUGUGCCUUCAGACCUUUCAGUUUUAUUACUAUAUGUUUAUAUCAGUGUCUUUCUGAUUUAUUGCCUACUUAUUUGUAGAGGCAAGUAUCCUAAAUCUUCUUUAAGUCUAACAAAAUUUUCUGAAUGGAAAGUUACCUUCUAUUUGCAGCUUUUAUAUUCACUUUAAUUAUUUCAAAGGAAUGUAGUGAUUUUAGGAAGAAAGAAGUAUUGGAUUGAUAAGGGGCUUCUGUGGUGGCUCAGUGGUAAAGAAUCCACCUGCCAAUGCAGAAGACAUGAGUUUAAUCCCUGGGUCAGGAAGAUCCCCUGGAGAAGGAAAAGGUAACCCAUUCCAGUAUUCCUGGAUUCGAUUGAUAAUUCAAACAUUGAUGUCUUUUGGAAUAUGGACCCAUCUCUAUCCUUUUGUGUGUGUGUGAUGCAUUUUGUGGUUCUAAGGCAAGCACUGAGGACUUAAGACUUUAAUAUAUUUUCUUAAUUUAAAUAAUCAUGGUAAAUGAUUUCGAUUACAAAAUUAAUUUUUCAGCCACCAGAGAAGCCCAUUUUUCAGGCUAGAUUAUUUUAAAAAGCUAUUGAUGGAUUUCCCUGGUGGCCCAGUGCUUAAGAAUCCACCUUCCAAUGCAGGGGACACGGGUUCGAUCCCUGGUCUGAGAAAAUUCCACAUGCCAUGGGUAACUAAGCACAUGCGCUGUAACUACUGUGCCUGCGCUCCAGAGCCCUCAAGCUGCAGCUGCUGAAGCCCACGUGCUCUAGAGCCUGUGCUCCAGAAGAGAAGGCACUGCAAUGAGAAACCCGUGUACAGCAACUAGAGAAAGCCCACAUGUAGCAGUGAAGACCCAGCCCAAUCAAAUAUAAAUACAUAAACUUAUUUUUAAAAAAGGCAUAGCGAUCCAUUUUUGUCAUUACCCAAAUUUAAAAAGAAACAGCUCUUAAAAAAGUAGCCCUUGGCAGCUAUCAUUUUCUUUCCAUAUGUACUUCUUUAAAAUAAUGUUGGUUCUUAAGCAAACAAAGUUAACUUUAUAUGUGCAUCUGUCUAUCGUAUAAUAAUAUUUAAGCUAAUGUAAGUAUGUUUCUGUAAAUACUAUAAGCAUGUAUGAAAAUAUGCAUAUAAUUGUAUAUACGUCUGUCCACAUCAUGUAUAAUUCUAUUAUUGAUGAUAGGAUUGAGUUGCCAUAUCUAUAUUAUUUGUGUGAAUGUGCUGAAAAACACUAAGGAAUUUAAAUUUCAUGAAAUGUAAAUAUCUAUAACCAAACAUUUAUAUAAGGGCAUUGGCAAGAGAUGGUGGAGCUAGUAGAUGUUUUAGUUCCUGCCAGUAAAUGUAGAGCAGUUAUAUUUAACGUGAUUAUUCUUUGUCACAGCUAAAGUAACAUUUCAGAAGCCUUAGUUACUAGGUUUGGAUAAAUUAAGUUUCUGUUUUUUUUUUUACUUAUUGGCAUCUCAGAUUAUGUACAUAUUUGAUCGAAAAUUCACUGAAUUUAAUAUUGACAUUCACUGUCUCUUUUGUUGCUUUAUUCUUAGUAAUCUAUUACAGUAACCCAUUUAAAGGUCUGUGAGAAAUGUAUGUAAAUAAAGAAAAGCCCCCACAGUUGUAGAAGAACA